AUGAGCAAGUUAGACGCAAGAAGAGUGUGGGUUGACGGCUGUUUCGAUUUCACUCACUAUGGGCAUGCACGGGCUAUCUUGCAGGCAAGAAGGACAAUCCCACUUUCAGAUCUCGCCUCAUGUCUGAUUUGCGGUGUUCAUAAUGACAGGGAUAUAGAGUUUAACAAGCAUGCAAAACCAGUGAUGUCACAGGAGGAACGCUAUGGGCACAUAAGGGCUAACCGUUGGAUCCAUACCGUUGUGGAAAAUGCCCCUUACGUCACUCAGCCAGAGGUUCUGGACAGCCAUGGCUGUUUAUACGUUGUCCACGGCGAUGACAUUUCCACUGACUCCAAUGGAUACGACUGCUAUCAAAAAAUGAAGGAUGUGGGUCGUUUUAAGGUAGUCGAUAGAACUGCAGGUGUCAGCACUACGGAUAUCAUCCAUAGGAUUCUUACUGGUACUGCGUCUCCGGAGGAAUCUCCGCUUAAAGACAUUGCCGCACUAAAACUGUUUGCAACAUCUGAGGAUGGCUUCAGUCCUUGGGCUUGGGUCUUUGAUUCCACUAUCGACAACGUUGUUGUCGAAGGAGGUUACCAAUGGGAUCCUUCAAAUGUGGUAUAUGUCCAGCACUCGUUUGAUUUGCUGCAUAUUGGCCAAAUUGAUAGACUAAGGCAACUGAAGAAGCUUUCUGGCAACAAGAAGCUCCUCGUAGGCAUCACCAAUACCAGUGACAACGACGCCGCCGCCAGCAACAACAAUGUUGCUCAGUUAUACAUGAGCAGCAAGGAACGUGUUCUAGGCGUCCUCAGCUGCCGCUACGUCGAUGCUAUCAUUAUCAACCCUCGUCACACCUUUAAGAUUAACACAUCCAACAUGGAACACUGGGAACUGGCUGACCCCCGCCUAGACGACACGCCUUUCAACUACCUCAACAAACAAACCAUCGUCGACCGCAUCCUUCAGAAUAAAGAUUACUACGUCGCCAGGAACAUAAGGAAAGGCAUGGACCCGCAAAACCCGUAG